AUGGACAAACUACCCCCAGAACUAACCACGCUCGUUUGCUCUUUCGCUUGCAUUGAGAGCGCCAGCGCCGCGUCGACGCUGAUGCGCGUCUCGAAGUACAUCCGCGACUGCACCCUGCCACAUCGCUACCGCUCGAUCGCCCUCGUCGGACCUAAGCAGAUGAACGCCUUCAUACGCCACCUCGGCAUGACAUUCAACGCGACCGCCGCCGCCACCACCGGGGACGAGACGACCACGAAGACAUUCUACGAGGUCCUGGUGCGCGACCAAGCGAGCGCAGACCGCAAGCUCCUGCGGAUCGAGCGUCUGCUGGUGUGCGACGUCGCCGCGGAGGACAUCUUCCUCAAGCGCGGGCCCGACCACGACCGCGUCGCGCGGGCCCAGCCGGGCGCGGAUCCGCUCGACGAGUUCCACCCCUGGCUCGCGCUGCUCCUCAUCGUCUGCGCGCCCCGGCUCGCGGAUCUAUGCCUCCUCCUCCUCGAAGAGGGCGAACUCGCGUACGCGCGCUUCCUCGCGAUCGUGGACCGCGUCAACGCCUUCCCGCGGAUGCGCGCGUUCACGCUCUGCCUCUCCAAGCCGCACGAGCUCGCGCACGCGGAGCUCCGGCCGAUGCUCGACACGCCGAUGCUCGAGCGCCUGCACCUCAUCGGGGACAGCUUCGCCGUCAAGGAGCUCGCGCGGCGCACGCCGAGUUUGACGUACCUCCGCUUGUCCGCCCAGCGCCCGCGCCGCGAGCUGUCCAACAGGCUGCUGCGCAUGUUCAGGAGGUCGGUGUCGUGCUGGGCGCGGGAGGAGCGGUGCGACAACCUGCCGCCCGGGCUCAGGACGGUGUUUGUCGGGAUACGCGAUCUCAGCACGUUUCCGGUGAGGGAGGACGACAGGGAGGGGCUGUAUAUGAUCAAGGAGGUGUCGAAGGCGACGUUGAAGGAGGGAUACUCCGAGGCACGGCUCAUCUUGGAGGGGCCGGAGGAGACGAGGGAGGUGCAGCUGAAGGGGAUUUUGGAGGGCUGGAUAUGUCCCUGGGAGGUGGCGGAGAAGGUGCCGAGGGUCAAGUCUGCGGGGCCCGCAACAGAUCAAAUUCUACACGACACGCGGGUAUGGCUCACUCUCAGCGAUAAUGUGGAGACACAGUUCGUGUCUCAGCUCUGGUUGUUCGUGUUCGAAUUCGGUCGGAGGGCAAACGUCGGCCACUGGGCUCCCCCGAGCUCGACGGUCACUCACCUGCAGAACGUCGUACCCGCGUGCACCGAGUUGCCCAUGGUGCACGCCACCGUCCUAUGCGAGGACCUUGACUGCGGGUGGACCCUCCUUCCCGCGCACGAACGACGCCUCCGAGAGCGUUUACGUCGACGUCUCCGAGUCCACCUACUUCAUCACCAGUCCGAGGUCACGCCUAUCCUGCCACCAACUCUGGCCGACUCUCCGGCGCUUCUCGGCGCCCAGCACGCCUUCGUCCCCGAUAGCAACCCGGGCGCAACAGGUACGGCCUCCGCAGGUCCACCGCCUUCCCCAUCCCCAUCUGCGGCGGUGCUCGCAUUCGACGAGCUCGGUCUGCUAUACCCUUCGCCACUACCGCGCUCCUGCACGUCUCGCCUGCCCGCACAACCAUGUUUCGCGUGCACCGCUCCCGAUGCGCAAACGCACGAGGAUGCGACGCGCAAUUGGUAG